GGGCCAAAGACAGAAGAUAAAUUACUACUUGCAUGGGGCUGGGUCACCCGUGAUAAAACCAAUCUCUCUCAUUUGCUGCUCCCUCUGAAGGUCACGAGAGAAUUUUUCCCCCGGAAAGGCUGGACUUUAAGCAUGUCCUUGGCUAGGAACACGGGACUGAAACUGGGGAGGGGAAGUCAUCUACUUUACAGAGGGAGAACUGUGAUUAAGCAAGGAGCCAACUCAAAGCGCACACAAACAGCUGCAGGCGACGGGACUCGAACACCUAUCCAACCAGACGCACGCGGCGUGCCGCCGGCCAGCGCCCUGGCACCGCCCACAGCCCUGGAACAAGCUCGCCAGGCGCGCAGGGCUCUCCCCUCGCUUGCUCUCCGCGAGCUCCCUCUUUUUCUUUCCCGCGGCAGAAUAAAGCCAACUACUGAACGUGGCCGCAGAACACUGCGACGUCGGUGCUCCGCCCGUCCGUGGAUCCCUCCGCCGCCCCGAGCCUGCGCGCGGCCUCCCCACAGCACACCACGAGCGGUUUCCCGCGCGGCGCCGCGCCCCACCCCCACCCCGUCGCGCCCCAGCCCCCAUCCCGGCUCACCUGCCGCCCGCGUCUCCAUGGCAACGUCCCCACGGCGGAGGAAAAAAAAGCCCCGGGCUCUUCCUGGCUCUCUCCCGUGCCGAGCGAGAAGGAGUAAGUGGGCCAUGGAAAGAAAAGUGGGACAGGAUGGUAUUGGAUCCCAGCAACAAGGAAGAAAACAGGAGACCUCCCAGAGCCUGGAGGGAUGCCAGGCCCUUAGCAAGGCCCCACUUGCUGAAGAAAGGGAUGGGUAAGAUUUAUUUCAAGAGAGAAGCCUGAAGAUAAGGAAAGGGGGAGAAAGCAACACUGUAAGACAUUUAUUUUGUGGUGUGUACUCAGCGCUGUUUUAGGAUCUCAAUAGAGAACAGAUGGGGGGGUGCAAUUAUUGUGUGGAAUCUAAGCAGUUCAGCCCCACAUGGAAAUAACCAUGCAGCUACUGGAAAGAUUUCAAUGACCCACUUGGAGACGGGUCACCCAUCCACCUCUCUAGGGCACAGGCAGGGUUAAGCACUGUUAAAUGUCGCUGUCAGAGUGAAGGCUAAGCUUUUUAAAUUCUUAUUCUAAGUACUGCUCAUGGUCAUUCAUCUUUAUGUAAAUAAGCAAAAGUGACAAGUAGCAGAACAGUCUGACCACCUGAUUGACACUUGUUUGCCUUCCCUGCACUGCCCUGGCUGCCUUAAACAAAAGGUCUGUCCGUCAUGUGUCCUGCCAAGUCUAUCCAUAGGCCCA